GCGAUCCAGAAGGAUGAGGUGCGUCCCCAACAGCCCUUCCUCGUUUUUAUUACGACCCGUCUCCUACCGCACAAGCCCCUCUCCAAACCCUCUCGCCCCCCUUCUCUCUCUCCGAGCUGGGAGCUGGGAGCUGGGGGCGGGGGAAGGCUCUCCUCUCUCCCUUCGAUCUCUCUGGGAAGCCUUGUGAUGGAGGAGGACAAUGAUAAUGCUUUUGGAAAGCUUCCCGAUCAUCUCCUUGUAGAAAUUUUUGUUCGGUUGCCUAUCUGUGAGUGGGGUCAACUAUCAUCCAUCAGUAAGCACUGGGCUACUAUAUUUCGAGGGGAAUCUUUGUGGCAAACUGCUAUUUCCAGGAAAUGGCCUUUGGCUGGUCAGAGGAAACGAUGGCCUGGACCAAUUCCUCGAGGUUUGGGUAGGAGGAGAUAUGCAGCCUUAUAUGUCAGUGAACACAUUAUUGCGUUGAAUGGCGAAAUCGACGAACUUGUCGGCCACAUUUACCUGUAUCUGAAAGAGCAGCUUGAGCUCUCAAUAAUGCCGCCUCCAUCUAGUAUACUCCAUGGAACCAUAAUUGAUCAAUUUAUUGCUUGUGGUCGGUCACGAGACAAGGCCCAUGAACUUGCUUCACAAAUCUGGCUAGCAGUUAUCAACAAUUUGGAAGAAAAUGAGCACACCUUUUCACUACUAAAGCGUCUUGCACAAGAAGGAGAUUCUUUUCUUCCAUAUCCAUACUCAAGACCAUACAAAGUAUUGUGGAGGGUAUAUGAGAAGCUAUUCACAGAUUUCCGCGACUGCUUCAACCACUCAGACUACUGCGAUAUAUUGGCAUGUGCAAAAUCCAGGUUCCAGCCAAUACCAUCUUCUUGGUUGGGCUAUUAGCUUCUAAAAACUGUUGUUGGCUGCACCAUGUAAUUUUACCUGUAAUUAUCUUACAGACCAUGCAAAUGCCAACCAGCUGCUGUCCAAACUUCCAAAUUUUCAUGUACAGCAGGUAUCUUAAAUGAAAGUAUAAUGUGGUUGGAGUGCCUACAGAUGCAGUUAUGUUAUGUCACACUUCUUUUCAAUUCAGCUGUCUAUCAAAAGCUGAAUAUGCGAUGCCUUGCAGUGCUUCUUGCAGAACUACAUAUGAUUAUUAUUAUAGAGCUGCAGUUAGUUGUAUAGACUUUCAGAGAAUAU